CUCCCGCAUACCGCGUAGCCGUGUAGAAUAGUGUAGAUGGUGCGAGGACUGCGGGGGAUCGCGAUCGGGUCUCCUCACUGACCGUACGGUGAAUUAUUGUUGCGACGAACGUGCCCGAGGCGGGAAAAAGAGAGAACGGCGCGGCGAUGCUGAAUCAGGCGGUGGUGGAGGCGCUUUAUUCGGCGACGUACAUCGAGAACUACCUGGACUGCGUGGAAAAUCUGCCCAAUGACCUACAGAGAUACGUCUCCCGUCUCCGCGAGCUAGACGCCACUUGUCAAACAUAUCUACACGAAGUGGACCAGCAACAAGAGGUACUGCGGAAUGACGCAGAUCCUGUUGUUAAAAGAAGAGCGUUGAUGCGCAUACAACAAGCCCUGAUUGCAGCACAGGAAAUAGGAGACGAGAAACUACAGAUUGUUCAACAAGUGCAGGAUCUUAUAGAGAACAAAUCCAGGCAGUUGGACGUGGAUUAUCGAAACUUAGACUUUGGAAAGGAGCAAGAAAGCUCGGAAUCGGUCCGCGAGUCAAAUAUGAACAGCAAUUCGAAUAACGCAAGCCAUGCAAACAAUACGGAACGUCAGCCAAAACGCGCCAGAAGAACGAGGACUGAAACCUUGAUAGAAUCGACCCAUUCAAUGGACAUGAUGGUCGGGAUGACAGAAACGAGGUCUUCGACGUUGUCCAAUACGAGCAAUGGAAAUCAGAAAAAGACGGCGGCGACGGCUACUGGUAAAAAGAAGAAGCGGAAAUCUCGGCAAGGCACUCAACAAAACCAGCAUCGCGAGGAUACUCCGCCUCCACCGGAAGACGAUCUCGCUAUAGAUCCUGACGAGCCGACUUACUGUCUCUGCGAUCAGAUAUCGUACGGCGAGAUGAUCCUCUGUGACAACGACUUAUGCCCUAUAGAAUGGUUUCAUUUUUCUUGUGUUUCUUUGACCACAAAGCCGAAGGGUAAAUGGUUCUGUCCCAAGUGUCGCGGUGACCGACCUAACGUCAUGAAACCCAAGGCGCAAUUUCUCAAAGAACUGGAAAGAUACAAUAAAGAAAAAGAGGAAAAAUCAUAGCAACAGCACGGCGGUGAAAGACUUAAGAACUUCUCAAAACUUAAUUGGACUUAAUCGAGAUUUUUGUAAGAUAGCUUUUUAAUUUCGAGCUGUGAAUUAAGAUUAUAUUUUAUCGAAAUCUCGAAUUAUAUUUUCUGUUAUAAUUCUACAUAUUAUAUUAACUACGAUUAAGAGAGCUCUAAUCAGUUGUAACAAAGAAAUUUAUAAUUAGAGAACGAUAUAAAUUUUUGCGUUAUAAAUUAUAAAAAUACAGACUAGUGCAUACAUGUAUGUGAUACUUAUGAUUGUACAUAUAACGUAAUGCUAUUAAUAUUAAACGAGUCCUACAUUUAUAUUCAAAUGCAUUUUCUUAGUUUACAUUUAUUACAAUAGGAUUGACUUGACAUACUCAUUUGUUAGAUUAGAAUGCGUACCGUAGAAGAUACUAAGCAAGUAUCUUCGCAGAAGAAGCCAAUAGUUCAAAAAAUACAUGACUUAUAUACAGUAUGAACUAAUGUAAAUAAAAGGUAAAAGUAGCAAUGUAAAUAUAAGAUAAUUGGACGAUUUGAAAUAAACAUUUCGCAUCUCAAAAA